AUGUUUGUCGACUUUUGCCGGGUUUCUCGUUCCCAGACGCCGAAGCACAUCCUACUACAAUGCCCGUUGUACAAGGAUCUUCGGAAGCAAUUCUGGGAACGACUGGACAAGAACGAGGUCCAGGUGGGGACCGACUACGACACAAUAGUGUCACACCCGCAGGCCACCCGCUACGUGGCCAAAUUUGUGCAACAGACAGGUCUCCUCCAGCAAUUCCGAUGUAUUGAGCUCGAGGAAGACGACGAACCGCAAGGCCUCGCGGCCAUGGAGCUAGGUGUGGAAGACGAUGGGUACUAG